CUCUGUCGCGUGGUUUUGGGAGAAGCGAUCAUCGUACGCUCCAUACCAUAUAUAUAUAAAUACAUAUAUAUACUUCGAUACGGUUCUCUUCUCGUGGGUGUGAUCGAGAAUCAAGAGACGUCGGCAGAUUCCUCUUUUCUUUUCUCCUUCCCUGCCAUGAAGGCGGUGUCGAUGCUGUGGCUGGGGCUGUGGCUGGGGUUGUGGCCGGCCGAGGCGGGGGUGGUCGGGCGGCGAGCGAAGCGGGAGGGCUUCUUCGGCGACUACCGCUACGCCAUCCCCGGCGGGUUCGUCCGCGCCUACGGGCCGAAGGACGGGCUCGGGUACGGGUACGUCGUCAAGGACGAGAGAGGGAGCGGGGUGUCCCGAGUGUUCCAGUCCAUCGGCCGGAUCGACGACUAUGGGGACUUCCUCGGGGCCGGCCUCCUCGGGCAGACGGAGGCGCACGAGUCCGACGUCCUCGGGCCCGGGUCCAUCACGCCCGUCCCGGCCGUCACCCAGACCACGUCCACGUCCGAAAUCCAGAUCAUCGACGACGCGGGCGUGGACAUCCAGUACCUCCAGACCCUCAUCUCCGACGCAAGGAUCUCCGAUCAAGAGCUGCUGUUGCUGGGCCCGCUCCCCAUCAGUACCUCCCAGAUCAUCCAGUUCUUGAUCUCGAGGCGCGUGACCAUCGACGAGACUCGCCUCUACCGGGGUCGACCCGUUCAACCGAGUCCUCAGCCGACGGCCGACCAAGGGACCUUCAGCAUCAUCGACGACGGGACGGUGAGUGUUUCCUACCUGCAGACCCUCAUCACGCAGAACAGGAUCACUAUCGGCCAACUGGAGGCAGCUCUGGGCCGAUCCCCAGUGCAGGCGUCCGUACUCCUCAACUAUCUUCGAUUCACCCUCAAGAUCAAGAUCGACGAGAGCCAAUUAAAGCAGACCGCGACCGUCUCCAGACCCACAACGGGAGGGACGACGACCGUCUCCAGACCCACAACGGGAGGGACGACGACCGGGUCUUAUAGCAUCGUGGACGACGGGACCGUGAGCAUCUCCCGCCUCCAACAAAUCAUCAGCGAAAACAGUAUCACGCAGGCGCAGCUCGAGAGAGACCUAGGAGCCGGUGGGGUCACGGCAUCCCAGCUCGCUCGGUAUCUCCAAAGCCUGGGGUACAAUGUGGAUGUCGGAAGCGGGUCAGGCACCGUCGUCUCGUCUCGACCUGUCGUCUCGACCGUCGUUUCGUCUCGACCUGUCGUCUCGACCUUCGUCUCAUCGCGACCGCAACUUGGGACACCCGCCCGAGUCACCCAGACCCAAACGAGCUCCCAGGUCGUGACUCAGUCCGGCUCGGAGGGACGAGUCUCCGUCGUGGACGACGGCAGAGUGGACCUCAACGUCCUCCAGAACCUGCUGCUACAGAGCAGGCUGACGGACUCGCAGAUCCUCGGAAUCUUCGGGUCGGGUCCCAUCGCCGCCACCACACUACACAAUUACUUGCGAAGGCACCUGAGUUCGGGGACGCGGGAUGAUAGCAUCGAGGUGGUGGAGGCGGACGAUGUUUCCGAUCAGGUUCCUGUUCAGGUUCCCGUACAGGUUCCCGUUCAAGUUCCCACCGUCCAAAUCCAAGGAGAGGAUGGGAGCAACGAAGUAUCGGAAGUGACCACAACCUUCGGGCAGAGCUUUCCUAGUCGACCCCAAGUGGCCACAACCUUCGGGCAGAGCUUUCCUAGUCGACCCCAAGUGGCCACAACCUUCGGGCAGAGCUUUCCUAGUCGACCCCAAGUGGCCACAACCUCCGGGCAGGGCUUCUCAAGCCAAGCCCAAGUGGGCACAAGCUAUGAACAGAGCAUUCCAGGUCAAGUCCAAGUAACUGCUACGUAUGGACAGAAAAUCCCGGGUAAAAUUCGAGUGACCAACGUCGGAGGAACGGGGAUCGUGGGACCCACCAGGACCACGUCCACGUCCACGACCACGACAACGUCACACGUCAUCACGGUCGUCGACGAUGGAACGUACAACGUGGACUACCUACAGGACCUCGUGGGACGCCUGAACGACCAACAGAUCCUCUCUCUCGGGACGGCCCCGAUCCGAGCAUCCACACUGGUCGGAAUCCUCAGAGACUACGGAAUCACCAUCGACGAAUCCCAGCGCCUACUCACCACGUCCGACGAGGACAGUUUCGGUUUGUCGGGGAGCCUGGGGACGACAGGACAGCGCGUGACGACAACCAGCACCAAGCAGAUCGUCUCUCGACCCGCCACCCACGCCAUCACCGGGGUGGUCCGGGUGAGACCCGCAACUCGGGUCGUGACCCAAACCCGUACGAGGCUGCAACCCGUGUCCACCGUGACCCUGAUUCAGAGAGGAAGCACUUCCAACUCCCUGGGAUCCGGAUCCGAAGAAGGCAUCCGAACCGCCGUGAUCGGCGUCCGACCCAGCCGACUGAACCUCGGGAGACCCGUCGGCGGCGCCAACGGACAGAGCUUCAUCAGCUUCCAGUCCCCCAACGUCGCCAUCCGGUCCGAGACCUCCGCCUCUACCUCCAACGCAUUUCAACAGGGGAAGAGGCGGACCCAAGGACGCGUGGUCGAUUGGGUUUCCACGGCUGGGUCCAGCGCCGAAGAACACGACUGA